GAGGUAAAAUAGUUUUCUGUCACGAAAUGAUAACCGGUUAUUCUGACGUCACACGCAGUCUUGUUACUCAUCGAAUUCCUUCAACACGUUGUGUGCAAUUCUCCUGUGUUUAUAUCAAUUUUAACAGUUAUCUUUCAUUAGGAAUUUAUUUCACAGAAUGCCACCGAAGAAAGUCGAAGAGCCGGAACGGAAGCCUCUGAUAGGCCGUGUUGGAGUAAAUCUCAAGGUUGGAAUUGUAGGUAUUCCAAACGUCGGGAAAUCAACCUUCUUCAACGUACUUACCAAGAGUCAAGCAGCCGCAGAGAACUUCCCGUUCUGCACUAUUGAUCCUAAUGAAAGUCGAGUACCUGUACCGGACGCGAGGUAUGACUACCUGUGUGAAUACUUCAAACCAGUGAGCAAAGUACCAGCAUUCUUGAAUGUUGUCGACAUCGCUGGAUUAGUAAAAGGUGCUGCUGAAGGACAUGGUUUAGGAAACGCUUUUCUUUCCCAUAUUAACGCCUGCGAUGCAAUUUUCCACCUUUGUAGAGCUUUUGAGGACGAUGAUGUGACACACAUAGAAGGAGACGUGAAUCCUGUCAGGGAUUUGGAUAUCAUCAGCGAUGAAUUACGAUUAAAAGAUAUUGAACUUCUCAACGGACAUUUGGAGAAAUUAGAAAAGCUCGUCGUUCGCGGCAACGAUAAAAAACUCAAGCCCGAAUACGAAACACUUCUCAAAGUUAAAGGAAUUCUGGUCGAUGAUAAGAAUCAUAUUAGAUUUGCCGAUUGGAGUGCAAACGAUAUUGAGGUGCUUAAUAAAUAUCUCUUCUUGACGUCAAAGCCGGUAAUUUAUCUGGUCAACCUUUCGGAAAAGGAUUAUAUUCGAAAGAAGAAUAAAUGGCUCAUCAAGAUUAAGGAAUGGGUUGACAAAAAUGAUCCAGGAUCAUCGCUGAUUCCAUUCAGUGGCGCCUUUGAGAAUAAAGUCAUAGAAAUGGAUGAGGCCGAGCAAGCAAAAUACUACGAAGAAUCCAAAGUCACCAGCGCACUGGACAAAAUUAUCAUUCAGGGUUAUAGAGCUCUGCAAUUGCAAUAUUUCUUCACCUCUGGUCAUGAUGAAGUCAAGGCUUGGACAAUUCAGAAAGGAACAAAGGCGCCGCAGGCUGCUGGAAGAAUUCAUACUGAUUUUGAAAAAGGUUUCAUUAUGGCCGAAGUCAUGAAAUUCGAUGACUUUAAAUCUGAAGGUUCAGAAUCUGCUUGCAAGGCAGCUGGAAAGUACCGACAGCAGGGACGAAAUUACGUUGUUGAUGACGGCGAUAUUAUCUUCUUUAAAUUCAACGCCGGUGCAGGUUUAAAGGAUCCGAAGAAAAAGUGAUGGCACGUAUAUUUGGUACCGUUGCUGGUUUAUUUGUACAUCAACAUGAUCUUGCUCUCUUGUUGUACUCAUCGAAAUAUCGGCUCAUCAUCCUAAAAAUUAUUUUCUUAAUUUACAAUCAAAAAAAAAUUAUUAUUCAAAGGAAAUAAUAAUUUUCUUUGUAAUAUUUUUUUUUGCUUUGAAAAAGUAAAUCAAUUAUUUCCUGACAAGAAGAAGGAUAAAGACGACGACGACGACGACGGCGACAACAACAACGAUGAUAAUGAUGAUGAAUAAGGAAAUAUCUACGCAAAUAGUAUGAGCAUCGCUUUCAGUGAGUGAGUGUAUAUAAAUAAUUAACAUUUAUGAAAUUUCUUUUUUUUUACAAUUCUAUUAUAAAGCUUAAAUAGGCGAUAGUUAGAGAUCAUGAAUGAGACAGAGAGAAAGAGAGAAAUGAAGUGAACAUUGAUUUUUGUCUCAUUUUUUGAGAUGGAAAUCGAAAAUAUUUCUAUUACACUCUUCUGUAUUUACUUUACGCUGAGUUGAAUAUAGAUUGACUGACUAAAUAAACACAGUUUCGGAUUUUAA